AUGCCGGGCAUAGAUCCAAAAAUCAUCUCACAUCAUCUAGCCGUCAAGGCGGAAGCACGCCCAGUGGCUCAACGGAGGAGAAAGAUGUCGGCGGAAAGAGCAGAGGAGGUGGCCAAGCAAACGGCCGGCCUCCUAGAAGCAGGCUUCAUACGGGAAGUGGACUACUCGACAUGGCUCUCGAAUGUGGUAUUGGUGAAAAAACACAAUGGCAGGUGGAGAAUGUGCGUGGACUACUCUGACCUUAACAAAGCAUGCCCCAAAGAUUGCUUCCCCCUCCCCAACAUAGAUGCACUCGUCGACGCCGCGGCGGGAUACCGGUAUUUGAGUUUCAUGGACGCCUACUCCGGUUACAAUCAGAUACCGAUGCACCGUCCUGACGAAGACAAGACGGCGUUCAUAACGCCAGGAGGAACUUUUUGCUAUAAGGUAAUGCCAUUCGGCUUGAAAAAUGCGGGGGCAACAUAUCAAAGGCUGAUGAACAGGAUAUUCCACGACCUCAUAGGGAAAACAGUUGAAGUUUACGUGGACGACAUCCUGGCAAAAACAACACGACCUGACGACCUCUUGAACGACCUGGCAAGUGUAUUUGCGUCCCUCCGUCAACACGGUAUGAGGCUGAACCCCCUCAAGUGCGCCUUCGCCAUGGAAGCCGGCAAGUUCUUGGGAUUUAUGAUAACUCAGAGAGGGGUAGAAGCUAACCCGGAGAAAUGCCAGGCAAUACUCCAGAUGAAGAGCCCGGGUUGCAUCAAGGACGUCCAGAGGUUGGCAGGACGGUUUACCUCAUUAUCCCGAUUUCUCGGAGCUUCGGCGACAAAAGCCCUGCCAUUCUUUAACCUCAUGAAGAAAGGGAUGGCGUUUGAGUGGACACCCGCAUGUGAAGAAGCCUUUCAACACUUCAAGGAAAUCCUGGCGGCACCUCCCGUUCUCGGGAAGCCAAAAGACGGGGAACCACUAUACCUAUACCUCGCUAUAACAGGCGAAGCCCUGGCCGCAGUUCUGGCUAUGGCGGAUUUUUUAGUUGAAGUGACGGGAGACCCAAGCGAAGAGGUGGGUACACGGUGGAAGCUCCAUGUGGAUGGAGCCUCCAACCAGACCUUCGGAGGUGCCGGGAUCAUCCUGGAAAGCCCGAUUGGGGUUGUAUACGAACAGUCGGUCAGAUUCGAGUUUCCCAUCUCAAACAACCAGGCAGAAUAUGAAGCCCUUAUAGGAGGCUUAACCCUAGCGGCAGAAGUCGGCGCAAGAAGACUGGAAAUAUGCAGUGACUCCCAAGUCGUCACUUCCCAAGUAAACGGUAGCUACCAAGCCAAAGACCCCUUGCUUCAGAAGUACCUGGAAAAGGUUAAAAGCUUGAGCCAAAAGUUCGAAGAGGUCACGGUCCACCACGUACCUAGAGAAAGGAACACACGGGCAGACCUCCUAUCAAAGUUGGCCAGCACAAAGCCAGGGGAAGGGAACCGGUCUCUCAUCCAAGGCAUGGCAAGAGAACCAGCAAUCACUUUGCACAUGACAACCCUAGGUCUUUCCUGGCUAGACCCCAUCACCAACUUCCUAGAACACGGCAAACUCCCUAAUGAUGAAAAGGAUGCGGCGAAAUUGAGGAGGGAAGCGGCCAAAUACGCCGUCAUCCAAGGACAGCUGUUCAGGAAGGGACUCAACCAGCCCCUACUGAAGUGCCUACGCCCCGAUCAGACGGACUACGUCCUCAGAGAAGUCCACGAGGGCUGCUGUGGGCACCAUAUCGGAGUGCCAACAGAACGCCAACUUUGCCAAGGCGCCGGCCUCCGAGUUAAGCUUGCUAACGACCUCUCGACCAUUUUCUCAAUGGGGAGUCGACCUCUUAGGCCCUUCCCAGUCGGCCCCGGGCAAGUCAAGUACCUCAUAGUCGCAAUUGACUACUACACCAAAUGGAUAGAAGCCGAACCACUGGCUACCAUAUCCUCGUCCAAUUGCAGGAAAUUCAUGUGGAGGCAGGUGAUAACGCGAUUCGGGAUACCGGAAGUCGUCAUCUCAGACAACGGCACGCAGUUUACUGACAAGAAGUUCACGGAGUUUCUCAACGGCCUGGGUAUAAGGCAAAAGUUCUCUUCGGUAGAACACCCUCAGACAAACGGACAAGUAGAGUCCGCCAAUAAGGUCAUCCUUUCGGGGCUAAAAAAGAGGUUGGACAAUAAAAAGGGCGCUUGGGCCGACGAACUCGCAGCGGUCCUCUGGUCCUACCGAACAACCGAACAAUCCUCCACUAAGGAAACUCCUUUCCGACUAACAUACGGGGUAGACGCAGUAAUACCCGUAGAAAUCGGAGAGCCGAGCCCGCGGUUGCUUUUGAAAGGAGUGGGGGAAGCCAUAGAAAAAGACCUGAUAGAUGAAACCAGGGAAAUGGCCCAUCUGACAGAAACGGCGCUAAAACAAAGAAUGGCCCUGCGCUACAACACCAAAGUGAUCAAGAGGGAAUUGGAGCCAAACGACCUCGUCUUGAGACGAAAUGAUAUCGGCCUACAGACCCCCAGAGAAGGCAAUCUAGCGGCGAACUGGGAAGGCCCCUACAGAAUCAAAAAGGUGAUGGGAAAAGGAGCAUUCAAGUUGGAAAGGCUUGACGGCAAAGAAGUCCCGAGAACAUGGAACGCGGACAACCUAAGAAGAUUCUACUCCUAG